UUUUUGCACUAAAUAGAUUCCAAACUAUUGACCGGAAAUGAUGUAGUGUUGUUGUUGUUCCAGGAAGAGCAUACGGGGAAGCACUGAACUGCGUCAACAGUCAUUUUUUAUGAUCCAUAACGAUUUUGGUCGUUAUACAGCAUGACAACCGGCCAUUGUUGACUGAUUGAUGGUGCUUGGUGCGGACGGGCCUUCACUAAACAACAACAUGGACACAUCAAACUUUGCCCACGUCAUCUUCCAGAAUGUAGGCAAGAGCUACCUGCCUCAUGCUGCACUGGAAUGUCACUAUACCCUCACACAGUUCAUCAAGCCGCACCCAAAGGACUGGGUUGGCAUUUUCAAGGUCGGCUGGAGCACAGCGAGGGACUAUUACACAUUCUUGUGGUCCCCCCUCCCUGAGAACCAUGUGGACGGAACCUCAGUCAACAGAACGGUGGUCUUUCAGGGAUACUAUGUGCCCAACGACGACGGCGAAUUCUACCAGUUCUGUUACGUGACCUACAAAGGGGAGAUUCGUGGAGCCAGCACGCCGUUCCUGUUUCGUGCCAGUAGCCCCUCUGAGGAGGAGCUGCUGACCGUGGAGGAUGACUGCAACUCUGACAUCUUGGUGGUCACCACCAAGGCGGGUUUUCUUGAGAAAAAGGUGGAGGAAGUCCAGCGAGUGAAAGAUGAGCUGGUGAAAAAGGUGGCUCUGCUGCAGCAGGACAUGGGGCAGCUGGAAUUGGACAAGGAGAGCCUGCAGAAGGCUUGCGGACGGGAGGAGGAGAACUGCGCCCUGCUGAAAAGACAAAAUCAAGAACUGCAGAGUUCUUCCACGGUCUUACAAGAAGAGAAAGAGGAAAUGAAGAGGCGGCUGGAAGAGGCCACGUCCAGGGUCUUGCAGCUGGAGGAAGAUCUUAUUGGAGUCACCCAGCGAGGCCUACAAAAGGAAACCGAGCUGGACUUCCUGAAGGACAGAAUGAAGAAACUCACAACAGAGAAGGAAACCCUCGAGUCCCAACUCAACAACGAGAAAGAUGAGAAGGAGCUCUACAAGAUCCACCUGAAAAACCGAGAGCUGGAGAAUACCAAACUGAGCGCCGAGCUGCAGAUGAUGAAAUCGGUGGACGUUAACAAAGACAACACCAUUGCUCAGUUGAAAGAGGAGGUUGGACGCUUGCAGAUGUGCCUUACUGACAAAGAGAAACAGUACAAAGAGGUCUUGGCCCAAAUAUCCCCCUUGGGAGAUUUAAAGGCUCUGAAGGAGCAGCUGCGUCAGAAAGAGGAGCAACUCCAAGCCAACACGCAGCAGUCUACCUUGCUGGCGGCCGAGUUGAGGGACGCGUCGAGCAGCCGCGACAGAACCAUGUCCGAACUCUACCACAUGAAGUUGGAGGCCGAUGCUCUGCGACAGGCCAAAGCCGAGGCGCAGGCUCAGUGUGGUCGCCUGGAGAGCCUGGUGGAGAAGAUGAAAGAAGAAGCCAAGCAGGAGAGGCAGGUCAAAGCGGAUGACUCCACAGACCCGGCUCUGGUAGGAGAGCUGCAGAGAGAAGUGGAGGACCUGAAGCUGCGUCUGCACAUGGCCGCUGAGCACUACAAGGAGAAAUACAAGGAAUGCACUCGGCUGCAAAAACAAGUGAUCAAACUGUCUGAGCAGCAAGGGGAGGUGAAGAGAAACUCAACACAAGAUCUAACAACCGUACCUGCAUCAGUGAGUCCAGACACGUCUCUUCCAGCCUUCAUGGUCCUCCCUGGGAGUCCUGGUUCUGCAGAUCCCAUGCUUGAGGCCAUCAACCAGGAGAAGUUUAAAGGCAUCAGCAGAGAGGCGUACGACAUGCAUUCCAAAUACAGGAAAUACAAGCAGUUGUUGAUGGAGGAAAAGGAGCGUAGCGGCAUGAUGCAUGAUGAGCUAGCCAAGAUGGCUGUGAAAGUGAAGGAGCACCAGAAGAUCAGUGAGAAGCUCAAGCUGCAGCUUGCGUCAGAGGAAGACCGUUGCAUGAGCCAGGUAGCCGAGAAGGGCCGGGAGCUGAACGAACUCAAGGAGAAACUGGAGGAGCUCCAAAAGAGUUCCAAGAAGCCAGAGCAGGGGCCCAGCGGGAAAGGCGGCAUGGAGAAUAUUCAGUCCAGCGUGCCUUUACUCCUGCAGUACCCGGUGCCGUACGGCCAGGAUUCCCCCAACCCUCUGUUGGUCUCUCAGAGUCCCAGCAAGCUGCAAUUUGGGAACCCAUAUUCAUCAAUCUCUGACUCAAAAGAUGACGACGAUGACGAGCUGUCAGAUGAGCAGCUGCUUUGCCUCCCCCCCGUGGGUCCGCCCUCCUGGGACAGCAACGUGGUGUGCAUCCAACCCACCCGCCACCAGGCCCGACCCGACGGCCGCGAGGAGCCCGAGGGCGUGCCAAGCAGCAACACCAACAACAAUGACGUUAAUAUCAACAACAGGCCCGCCGCUACAGAAGCCCCCAACCCGUUUGUGAACGACGGACAAAGUCCUUUUUGCUUUGAUCCCAGCAUGGACAUGAAGCGAUGCCCGCUGUGUGAGGUCAUCUUCCCGCCCAACUACGACCAGUCCAAGUUCGAGGAGCACGUAGAGAGCCACUGGAAGAUCUGCCCCAUGUGCAGCGAGCAGUUCCCGCUGGACUGCGACCAGAAGGUUUUUGAGAAUCACGUGCUCACUCACUUCGACGGGCACAUGCUCUUGGAUUAGUCGCCGACACUCACGUUUGGUGCAUGACGACGGUGGCGUGCCGCUUUCUUUCGUAGACAGGCGCUUGUCAGUAAAAAAGAAUACGGAUUUUAGCGUCCUUAUGGCUUUUUUUGGGGUGACGAUUUUAAUUCACAUUUCUAAUUUACAGUUAAUCCUGAAAACCAAAUGUUUAACCUUACACUGUUGAAGCUAAGAUGGAGGAGGGGUACCAAUAGCUGGGGGCUUUGCAACCACACGUAAUCAUAAAAUCAUGUGUAAUAUCUGAAAUAUAUAUAUAUAUAUGAAUAUAUAUAUAUAUAUAUAUAUAUAUAUAUAUAUAUAUUCAUAUUCCAUGACUGUGCACAGACAUUAUACAGAAUUUUGUCAGAUUUAUUUUAUUUAGAAUAAGUACAUCUAUAUUGUGACAGCCUUGAUACUGUGUGUGUAACACUCUGGGUUUUCUUUUCUAUCCGCUUUGAAUAUUUAGUUGAGUCAUUGCAUGUGGGUGAGUUUCUGUUUUACGGCGAUUAUUUUUCCUCCAUAUACUUGUUUUCUCUGUCAAUGGAACGAAUAAAGAUCAUAUGAAAAGUCAGAACAAUUUUUAUUCCAAAUACGAAGCAUCUUUUUCGAGGAAAUACGGUACAUUGAUAAUCGAUUUUUUUUGCGUAUUUACCUCGUAACACAGAUACGUAUGAAAAUAUAAUUUAAUGCACUUUACUUUUAAUACAUUCACUGUACACUGUUGAGAUUUCUGGCAGUGACACAAUUUGCCAAUGGACUGCAGUUCCAUGCCUAAACAGGUUUAUACAGUGGAAACUUACAUUUAAUCUCAUACUACGCUGGAGCAAUAUGAAAAUGAGUAUAAAAACAAGUCAAGGCCCCCUUUAAAGCAGGGGUGGGGAACCGAGGUAUCAUUGACCGUGUACAACCUCCGUAAAAGCCACCCUGGUGAUUUCACCAAUUUUUUUUUUUUAUCCUGAAAAUGUAGUUUGGCCCAUGAAGGACUGUAUACGACCAGAUAAGAGCUUUCCCACCCCAGCUGUCUAACAUGGCUUCACUGUUGUUACGGAAUGGUUCACAAUUCAAGGCAAGGACGAAUGUCACAAGACGGAAAACACUUUUUGCAAAUGGCUGCCACAUAUACUGUAUAUAUAUUUACAAGGAACGUGAAAUUGGCAAAAAUGCUCAUUUGUUGGCAACUUGUUUCAGAAAAAUCAAAGUGCUUUAAAAACUGCAUAGGGAAAAGUGAAGCUAAAUGAUAGCUUUGAGAGCUUUAACACUGAUCAAAAACACGUGUUGCUGAAAUGCUUGCGAAUAUCACCUGAGUUCACCCUUGGGUGUCGUGUUGGCGAUGUAAAAAAAAUGUGAAAAUGUUUAAAAAAUAUAUAUUUAAAAAAAAACAUGUCCAGAGAAUAAAUGCAGAAAAUUGUGUACAAAUCAAGUCCAACCAUUUACGCAAUGCACCCAAGGACAAUCUAGUUAAGUAUUGAUGAAUGCCUUGUAAAACCUGAGCAGUUUUCGAAAGGCAGCCCUUGAUAGUGCAGGUGUACCUAAUAUUGUGGCCGGUGUGUUUUUCGGAGUCCCAGUUUGGCACGAAGUUUAAAAACAAGACCCAAUUUGUGUUGUUAAAAGCAUUACUAACAAGCACCGUAGAGGUCCAAUGUGCAAA